CCUGUGAGUUGUCUGUUGUGUGCUCGAUCAACGGUAAAUACACAUGGCAAGAGGACGAGGAGGAGGGGAGAAGGGAUUUGUCAUUGGAAAAUUAGAAUUGUAAUGAAAAGUGGGUGAAAAGUUGAUGAAAAGCUUGUGGUGAAGCUGAGAACAUGAUUUCAUUUUCGUUAGAAGUGCACUUGUGCCAAUAUUUCGUUUCAAAAUGUGAACAUGACCUUUAGAAAUGACAAAGUCUGAUGGAACUUGCCAAAAUGACUCCCAAACGAAAGACAACCAGCUCGGAAUCAACUUCAAGCAGUAGCUCAGGCUCAUCGUCGAGCAGCUCAUCGAGUUCAGGUAGCGAGUCAAGUUCUUCCGAUUCUGAGAAUUCGAGUAGUUCUGCGAAUAGUCGGAAGGUUUCGGAUUCGGAAAAAGGAAAGAAGAAGACAGCAUUUGUAUUGGGACGUCAUGGAAAGCCUAAAAAUGAAACGAGUGGAGCACUUUCUGUGGAAACCAAGAGCAAGGAGAAAAAUCCUCCAAAAAUUAGACCCGUUGUCUAUUCCUCAGAGUCUGAAGAAGCUCCUAAUAAACUGAAAUCUACGAAAAGAAAACCACCUGCUAAACCGAAGGCUACUGCUACUGUUGCUCCUGUAGUUAAGGCUCAAAAGGCCGUCAACAAAGCCCCACCAGCUACUGGUAAAACUGCAUCCAGUGUUAAAAUUUCGCCGAAUAAAUCUAGCAAACCAUCAGGUGCUGCAGCAAGUACCAAACCUACAGAGAAAAUUAGCAAAGUUGCAGCAGAGCCUGUGCAAAAAAAGUUGAAGAAAAAGAGCAUAUUCAGUCCUGAGAACAGCAGCGAAAGCGACACUCCGACUGUGGCAAAACCUGCUGUAAUGAAAGUAGCAGGGCCGUUGAUUAAGGCAGCUAAAUCACAGCAAUCAAAGGUUGUGAAGGGGGGCGAAGUAAAACCCAGAGGGGUUCUGCCAAGCAGAGCUGCACUGGUGAUUAAGCAACAACAACAACAACAACAGCAGCAGCAUCAGCAGCAGCAGCAGCAACAAGAACAGCAACAGCACCGUCAGAAAUCUGAAAGCUCUGCUAGCUCUAAGAGCUGUUCCGGAGGAUCUGGGUCUUCUGGCUCAACUGAAAGUAGUUCAGAUUCCGAAUCAUCAGAUAGUCCUACAACUCCGCAGCCACAGCAGAAAAAGAAAGACACUGCUACUGUUGUCAAUGCUGUUUCUAGCGGUCCUGCAAAGAGACCAACUGCAAACGUACUCGCAAUAUCAAGUAUUGGCAAGCAACAGAGAGGAUCAUCGAAACGCCAAGAUCUGGUUAAAAGUGAGGAAGAAGGUGAGCUCUCGGACACGGACAAGGAGAUAGACACCGAAGGUAAUGGUCCAACAAAAUCGACAGCAAAAGGAAAAAGAAAACUGCAGACACGCAGAGGUAGCAAGCUUUUGCAGUUACAUACGAAACCAACGAGCGACACUGAAUCUGACACAGAGAGCAAGAGGAGCACCAGCAAAUCUCCAGUAAAACGUGCUGGACCAGGGACUGCUAGGCAUCAGUCACUUGUUGGACGAAGCGGUGACAACGGAGGACGAGGGCAGGAUACAAGAGUACUGACACGUACACGUAUGGGCACAAAGGAACGCGAGUGUCCUUUAGCCCUAUCCUGUGACUCACGCGGCCACCUUUCAGGUCGGUUCGAAACACAUUUCACCCUCGAAGCGUGUCCCCUAUAUCACAAUACCACGCCGCAGGCUUGUGUAGAGUUUUACAAGGAGCGCAAAAAGCAUGAAGAGGAGCGUAAGAAGGCCCUUUCGAAUUUGGCUAAAAAAUCACCCAAGGGCUUGCACCAGACUAAUGAGCAGCGAAACUAUCAGCUGAAGGUGAAAGAGAUGCGAAAUAAAUUAAAGGCGGGUAGUGGCAGUGGUAAUGAAAGCACAAGCGGAGGAGAACACCAUGGGAUUGAAAAAGAUCGUCAACCAAAAGUGAACAAUCUCACCUCGGAUUAUGAUCUCAAGUUAUUCAUGGAGGCUCAAGCCAUCGCAAGCGAGAAAAUUGAGAGAGAAUUGAGAGAAUUGGGAAGCGGCGACGGGGGUGAGAGCAGCGGUCGCAGCUGCAGCGGAAAUGGCGUAGGAACCCGUUGCGUAGAAAUGGGGCGUUGGGAGAUGGAAGUAUGGUACCAGAGUCCAUAUCCGGAAGAGUUCAGCAGAGCGCCGAAGCUGUAUCUGUGUGAAUUUUGCCUGAGAUACGCGAAAAGCCGUCAGGUGCUACGUCGACACCGCGACAAGUGCCUGUGGAGACAUCCGCCAGGACACGAGGUAUACCGGAAGGACAAGAUCGGCGUGUGGGAAGUUGAUGGGAAACGGUAUAAACAGUACUGCCAAAACCUCUGCCUUCUCGCCAAGUUCUUCCUGGACCACAAAACCCUUUACUACGACGUCGAGCCGUUCCUAUUCUACGUCAUGACGAUCGGCGACUCGGAAGGAUGUCACACCGUCGGUUACUUCAGCAAGGAGAAGAACUCGUUUUUGAAUUACAACGUGUCUUGCAUCCUGACUCUGCCACCGUACCAGCGCCAGGGAUACGGUCGCCUUCUCAUCGACUUUAAUGAUUCCGCUACACUGGAAGCCACAGAGAGAGUUUAUCGAUCGCGUUGUAUAACGUACGGCAAGGGGAGAUGGUGCAGUCUUCUUCGCUUCACAAUAGGAUUUCAGUGUAUAUUCGGACGUUGGAACAGACGUUGUUUUCCCGUUGGGGAUUAUCGGGAAUUUCGUUCUAGGCCAGACGCUCAACGCAUAGGCAUGCGACGGCAUCGCGGUUACCUGCUCACGAGGGUCGAGAAGAAGAUUGGUUCCCCCGAAAAACCUUUGUCCGAUCUCGGGCUGAUCUCCUAUCGCAGCUAUUGGAAGGACGUUCUUCUACAAUACCUGUGCAACUUCGGCGGCAAGGAACUAUCCGUAAAAGACAUCAGCAAGGAGAUGGCGAUCGAUUCGUACGACAUCGUAAGCACGCUGCAGGCUCUCGGAAUGAUGAAAUAUUGGAAGGGAAAACACAUUAUAUUGAAGAAGCAGGACGUGAUCGACGACUACAAGGAACGGGUCAAACGCCGGGGCUCCGCCUACAAAGAAAUCGAUCCGGAGUGUCUCAAGUGGAACCCCUUCCAGGCACCAAAGACACCUUCAGCCUCAAACUAGUCGCUUGCCGUUGACUCGUUCCCCGGUCUCCGGGUCGUUAUGCUCUAGAUUUUUCCUCUCGUAUAGUCCAUCUGCUCCUUGAUUCCCUGUCUCGAAUCCCUCGGUGCUGGGCUCACCAAUCCGUCGAGUGAUUUAUCCUGCUGCAGAAUUCAAGAGCAGACGAUGGACGAGGAGUCUGAAGCCUUUGUGAAGCGGCGCGUUGAAGACGCGAUAAAAGCUCAAAAUAUCGAAAUUCCACGGACGAAAAUUUCACUAGAAUUAUAUUUGUAUAAUAUCAAGUCUCGAACAAGUUCAAAAUUACCAUUAUAAGUAAAUCUUGCUUAAGAUGUUUUAUAUUUUAAUAAAAGACUCAUCAAAGGCAAAAAAAUAUCACAAACGACCAAUCAAUUGUCCAGUUAUCGUGUGAUUUGAUAAAAUUGAGCUUCCUAAAAAAAAAAGUACCAAAAAAAAAAAAAAUUAUCUUGUUCCUGAACGGUAACUAAACUCGCAGAUUCGUCGCGUUAAUUAUGAGCACCUGUAAUUAUAUAGCGAUUGGGUUCUUUUAGCUAAACCUACACCGACUAGUUCUAUACAUAUUCAUACAGAGAAGGAAAAACGACGCGCACUUGUCGGUUCUGCGUAGGUACUUAAUUAGAAAACAAAUUACCUAUAACCUAUUCUUUACAAUGGAUCCUAUCUCAAUGGUAUACACAGGUAUAGAUAUUUUUAUAUCGUCAACAAUACGAUGACCGUUAUACAAGCAUAGAGAAAUAUUUUACUAUUCAGUUUGCGAUGAAUGUUUGGCAUCGAAAUUGGAACAGAUAACAAGCUCGACUGUUAUACAAUACAUUGUACGCGCCGGAUAACGGAGUCGUAAUUAAACUUAACACCCACAUUU